GGGUAGGAAACUUAAGAUGGCGAAUGUGUUUCUAGUUUUUCUACCGGGUGUGUAGAAAAAUUUUUUCCUGAGGUUGAUUUCGGUGAACAUAAGUAAUUUUAUAGUAAAAAAAGACCAAAGUGAAUAGAGGAUAUCUUACAAGUAAAUUUAAAUAAGAAAAUGGCUCUUUCAAAAAAGAAGAAAGUUAAUUCCGAUGGGUGGAAAUCCGUGAAAUUUGAUGGAGCAAUUGUGAAUUCCGAAAUUGGUGAAUUGAUUGGGAUCGAAGAGAUGACUGACUACAAACUAGAGGAUGGAAAAAUCAUCUCUUUAAAUUCCAGCAACAGUGAAAAAUCGACAAAGCGGUUGAAAUCAAAAACUGAAAAAGUCGAGCCUUCCGCGACGAAAAGAAAACGCUCUCCAUCCGAAGGUAAAAAAGCAAAGAAGAAGAAAAAACCGCCUCAAAAGUUGGAGAAGAAAACGUCCAAAUUGGAUGAAAAUUUAGGAAAAUCGAAUGCAGAAUCUGAAGAAAUUGAGUCAAACAUAAAUGAGGAAGCAUGGUCUACACUUGGAGUUCCUCCAGUAAUAAUAAAAGCUCUCCGGGAUCAAAAUUUUGUGUCCCCAACUCAAAUUCAAUCUUUGACUUUGGCUCCUGCAAUUUUGGGAAGGAGAGAUAUUCUUGGGGCAGCGGAAACUGGCAGUGGAAAAACUCUGGCUUUUGGAAUUCCGAUCCUAAACGGCAUUCUGGAAUUAAAGAAAAAGGAGAGGAAAAGUGUGAGCAGUAAGAGUGGAGAAUUUCAGGAGAGUAAUUUGGAAGAUACGGACGAAGUGGAAAAAGAGGAAGGAAUAGAAGGAAAAAGAAAUAGUCAGGAUUUAAAAAUGUUCCAGAAAGAGUCUGAGGACGAGGUUUUAGAUGACGAAGAUUCAGAAGGAUUUGGGUGCGUGAAAGUUAUUGACAAUUUGAAAGUGUCGGACGUUUUUCAAGAUUCGAGAAAGCCGCUCUAUGCUUUGAUUUUAACUCCCACGAGAGAAUUGGCGAUCCAGAUAAAAGAUCAUUUGACAAAAGCUGCAAAAUACACGGAUAUUAGAAUUUCUGUCAUCCUGGGAGGAAUGGCGGCUGUUAAACAAGAACGAAUUUUAAGUAAGGGACCUGAAAUUGUUAUUGCGACGCCAGGGCGACUUUGGGAACUUGUGAGCGAGGGAAAUCCACAUCUCAGUCAACUUAAUUCAAUCAAAUUCUUAGCAAUUGACGAAACGGAUCGGAUGUUGGAGAAAGGUCAUUUUAAAGAAUUGCACUCGAUUAUUGAAAAAGUAAAUCUUGAUGAAUCGAAAGUCAAAGAACGCCAGACUUUCGUCUUUUCGGCUACGUUGACAAUGGUUCAUGAUAUUCCGGAUUAUCUGAAGAUGAAAAAGAAGAAUAACUGGAGAAGUAAAAUAUUCAAGCUGACUCCAGGACAAAAAUUACAGAAGGUUAUUGAAAUGCUGCAGGUCAAGAAUCCUAAAAUCGUCGAUGUUACGCGAAAAAAAGGAACAGCUGGCAGUUUAACUGAGUGCAGAAUCGCCUGCACGAUUGAUUACAAGGAUUAUUAUUUAUAUUAUUUCCUAAAGAGACACGAGGGACGAACUUUGGUAUUUUGUAAUAGUAUCGGUUGCGUUAAAAGGCUCGCGACUCUUUUCGAAAUUUUGGGCUGUCAUCCUUUUCCACUACAUGCAAGUAUGGUCCAGAGGCAAAGACUGAAAAACCUUGAGAGAUUUCAGGCGAAUGAGAAUGCACUUUUGAUUGCGACUGAUGUCGCUGCGAGGGGUUUAGAUAUCCCGAAUGUCGAGCACGUUAUUCAUUAUCAAGUCCCUAGAACGUCCGAAAGUUACGUUCAUAGAAGUGGAAGAACUGCAAGAGCUCAGAAGGAAGGAAUCACCGUUUUAUUGAUGGAACCAACUGAGAAAGAUUUUUACACAAGAAUCUGCAAAACACUUGGACGAGAACACGACAUACCAACAUUCCCAGUCGUAGAGCGCAUGCUUCAAGCAGUGAAAGAAAGAGUUGAUGUCGCCAGAGAAAUUGACAAGCUGGAAUUAAAAUCUCGAAGAAGUAAUUUCCAGAAAGACUGGAUUCGCAAAGCAGCCGAAGAAAUGGAUUUAAUUAUUGAUGAUGCUAGAGAAAACACAACGUCUGACAAUGAGGAAACGGCGAAUAUAAAACGCGCUUUGAAAGCCAAAAGGCAUCAGCUCUCAAAUAUGUUAUUAAAGCCCCUUUUCCCCCGAGGUUUCUCAGGAAAAUAUCCUGACGUGAAUUUCAAUCUGAAAAUAAAUGAAGAACCGCAGAAGGCAGUCGAAAUAAUGCAGAAUGCCAUCAAAGAAGGACCGCAGAAAAAAGACUCGAAAUCCAAAUUCAAGCCGAAACCCAUAUCGGCAUCUAAAUUAAAAAGUAAGAUGAAAAAUAAGAAAAUCAAGUCGAGUAAAAAUAGGAAUUCUGUAGGAUGAAGAAAAAAAAUUAAGUAUAUCAAAAUCUAAUAAUUAA